GGCGAUCGUCCGUUGGUGAUUACGACGGAUACGAGACGGACAAAGAAACAAAUGGUUACGACAGGCCCUAGUCUUGGGCGUCUUAAAAUGCAAGCCCUCCUCGCCCGUGAACAAGAAAUCCUUAAAGCCAAAGAUGAAUCCCCGUACCCAACCCCCGUAGAAGAAACCUCUCAAAGCCUCCUCCUCAAAUCCCUCGCAAGAAGCCAGCCGACACCAUUUCCCGAGAAAUUACUCUUUUCCUAUUUUUAUUUGUACCUUGAUGUGCUGGGUGAUAAAGAACUUGAACGGCAUUCCCUUGCGCGGUUCUCGAGGUUGGAAUCUGCGUGUGAGAGUGUGCCUGUUUCGAGUGUGUGUCGGGAUCGGUUUCCGAGGGUUGGUGAAAUGUGUGAGAAAGGGGGGGAUGUGAUGUUGGUCAAGAUCCAUCUUAAUCUCCACCAUCUUACGACAGGCGAUUUCCGCAAUAUCAGCGUCUUUGAAUCCACCCGUGCCAAAACCCUAGAAUGCACAACAACAGUCUACCAUUUCGGUCAACGGAUCCUCGAAACCAAACAAGUCCAAUACCCUCUCCCCGCUUCCCCUACCACUACCCCAACAACAACAACAACACCACAACGCCAUUUAUACCACUUUGAUUUCGUCAAACAAUUCUUUUCGGCCUUUUUAGCCGGAUUCCAAUGCCUACGCAUGGACGUUGAACGCAUGAUCGCCAUUGAUAACCUUAGCGUUAUGCAAGUAUUUGAAGAUGUGUCAUUACCCUUUGAACAACCCUCCCCGCUCUUGUGUGUUUUGUAUCAGUUUGAGUGCGGGAAGGGGGAAACGAGAGCGGUUUUCGUCGAAUGAAAAGUACGAACAGCAACACACACUGCAUCAGUGGAAACAAAACCCUGUUUUUUUUCUUUAUUUCUUUUUUUUUUGGAUUUUUUGUGUGUGUGUGUGCAUUUAUGUGCAUACAUUUUUGUAUGUUGCGAUACCACACCCCCAUACCCCCUCUAACAAACCUACUGUGAAUCUUGUGCGUUAUAUUUAAAGAAAAAAAAAAAAGAAAAAGAAAAAGAUGGAUACAAGCAUGUAUGUAAAUACUUUCCGUAGUCGACGAGAAAAAAAAAAAGAAAAAGCGCUAUGUAUUAUAGAAAGUAAAUUAUUAUCUUGUAAAAAACUA